AUGUACUCACCCCAACUCCAGAUACUCAGGGCUAUGCUGUAUUGUCCGCUGGAUGAGGUUGCUGAGACACCAACAACUGCCGCAAACCAACACACAACCACCAACAAAAAACUACAACCACACAACUUAACAACAACAACCAAGAACCACAACCAUACAACUCAGCAACACAACACCCAAGGACCACAACUCAACAACACAACAAACAAACAAGGACUACAACCACAACAACAUCAAGAAACCACAACUGCUCACCAACAAUCCCACUCCACAACACCAAACCAACAACCUCACAAGCCCACACCCAACCACUCGCAACAACACCAAGAAACCACAACAGCUCCCCAACAACAACAACAAUGCUCAACUAUAACAGCUCACAACUCAACAGAAACUCACAAGGACAACAUCAUCCCAACACAAAAGCACAAGAACCUUCAAACACACAGCACAAUAACUCAUAUAACUCCCUGA